GCUGUGGUGGUGUCUCGUCAAAGAUGGCGCUGAGCAGAGUGUGCCCAAGGCUCUGGAGGGCAUGUAGUGCAUCUUUCUCCCUUCACUCUUCUCUCCUCUCCUCCUCUGUUCGCCUCCAGAGCUCCGUCAGCAGCACACCAGCUCCCGCUCGGCCUCUUGUACCGAGGACCUCUCUCUCUGAGCCACCAUGGGCCUCAGCUCCGAGCCCUGUGUCACUGGAGGAGGAGCGGGUACAGCACGCCGCAGUGGUGACCGCCGUGAACGACAUCAUCUCCGGACAAGACUUUGGAAGACUGUUCGCCGUGGUGCACUUCGCUGGCCGACAGUGGAAGGUGACAGACGAGGACCUCAUUUUGGUGGAGAAUCACAUAGAGGCAGAGUGUGGAGAUCGCAUUAGGCUGGAGAAGGUGCUGAUGGUGGGGGCUCAGGACUUCUCUCUGGUGGGGCGUCCCCUGCUGACGAAGGAGCUGGUCUGCGUCGAGGCCACGGUCAUCGAGAAGACCGAGUCCAGACCCAAAGUCCACAUGGUUUUCAUCAGACGCAAAAGGUUUCAGAGGAAGAGGAUCAUAGUCCAACCACAAACUGUGCUUAGGAUCAACAGCAUCAGACUGGCCCCCGCGCUCACGUGAACUGGGUUAGAAAUGUGAUUUAACGAAAAAAAAAAAAUGCUGUUUGUGAUUAAGAGACUACUAUCUUCUGCAUUAGCCUCAUCUGUGUUGACAGUAGGUUGGGUUCAUGGACUAAAAUUGGAUCACAGAUGGAGGGCAUGGAGCUAUUUCUGGGUUACAGAUGACAUCACACCAUUUUAUAGGCCAAUCAUAUUUAAUACAGAUGGGGGCAGGAAACUAAGAAUUUUGUUAAAAUCCAGAUUUCUGUUGUAAUAUUGUGAGUGCUAAGGUGUCGCCACUAAUAGAAAUGAUUAGGAUCAACAUUUGUGAAUUUAUAAUGUAAUCAACAGGAAAAUCUCUCCCCGUGUUUGGGUGGAUUUCCUCCGAGCACUCCAGUUUCCCCCAUCAACCCAAAACAUGCACAAUAGGUUAAAAUCUUCCAUCUAAGCUAGUUCUGACCAAGACUAGCUCGAGAUCUGGAGAUGGGUCCCCACGCCCACUGGUCAUAAUGGAUUUUAACACCCCAGGGAACCUCAAGAAAUACACACAAAAAUAUAACUUAAUAUUAAUCAGUCUAUACAUUUUCUAAGAUAAAGCUGUUG